AUGCAGAAUAUGUGGAGAGGAAUGGAUGGCAAGGCCUAUGAUGGACCAAUCGCCGCCAUACACAUUAGACGGACAGAUAAAAUCAUAUCUGAAGCAAGGUCUCAUACGGUGGCCGAGUUUAUGUUCUACGUGGAGUGUUUCUUUAAUAUGAAAGAGGCGGAAUAUGGUUUGGAAACGGGCAGUGCCAACCCACCAGCCUGGUCUCGACGGAGACGCCUCUUCUUGGCUUCUGAUGAUGCGUUGGCUUUCCGCGAGGCCCAAUCCCAGUACCCCAGGAAUGAAUUUAUUGGCCGACAGAGAAAGGGCAGUCAGGUAGAUGAUCGUAGGUCUACCGAGGGUGUGUUUGCCAUCACUUUGGACCUGCAUCUUUUGUGUUCAGCCGAUUUCCUCAUCGGUACCGGCAGUUCUUACAUUUGCAGGCUGGCCUGUGAGCUGGCCUCGUUAAAGUCUCAAAGUCAGGGUGAUGCGGCUUUUCAAUGGCACACAGUUGAUGCGAUGUAUGAGUGCAGUUUUUCACGGAAACGAUGGUGGCGAGCCAUUGCAGACUUCAAGCAGGAGGGUGUUAAGCUGGGUGAUCAUGUGAACAUACUGUCAACACAAUGGGACGCAUUUGAACAGACUGGUUGGUUAUUGUACAGAUACCGGGAUACUGUCCUACCGGCUUGA